GGAUGUGAUGCAUUUGUGGGUGUUCUGUGAAAGUUUGGUCUGAGAGAUUCUGAAAACUGCGUGAGUGCUCUGAACUAAAUUGAUCAAAUGUGAGAUUGAAAAACCAUUAAAAUCCAACCUCCCAACAGUGAUCUGUAGCUUUUGGGUAUUAUACCAACGAUCCGCCUCAAAGCCAAGCAAGCCAAGUUCUCCUUAAUGGCCUGAGUUUGCCUGUGAAUUACCAAAGAUUUUUUGUCAUAUUCAGACACGGCAGUGUGUUGUUAAAACAGCAUUUCGCAGAUCAAGCUCGUCACAGUUUCCUGUGCGGUGUGCAGUUUGUCAGUUUGAUCAGGAGGAGCGCAGACUGACAUACUAUUCUGGUAGAUCAAAAACAACCAGCAGAUCCACUAAUCCAAAAUGUCAAACCCAGUGGUCACCAGUCAACCAGGUGCAGGCGGCUAUGGGACAAAUGUCCAAACGGGAGAGUGGAGCACGGGCCUCUGCUCCUGCUGCAGUGACUUGUUGAUCUGUGCUCUCGGUAGCGUCUGUCCAAUGGCACUGAGCUGCUACACAGCAAAUAAGUAUGGAGAAAACGUCUGUUUGGGUUGUUUGCCAGGAGGCUUAACAGCCAUGAGGACUCAUAUGAGACUGACCUAUGGUAUUCAGGGAACAAUAUGCAACGACGCCUUGAUGAGCUGUUUUUGCGGACUUUGUGAGCUCUGCAGGAUGGCGCGAGAAAUCCGCAUCAGGAAUGGAGAGAUGUCACUGUAACAAGACACAAAGGAUUCUGGCCCACUCUAUACAGUAUCAUCUGUUUGUUAAUGAAGUCCUGCUAUUGUGGAAGUAAUUUGUUUAUUUCUGUAGCUUUCAUACAGACAAAAAAUGCGGAGCAGCUGAUGAAAUAUGCAAUUCAAUGUAUUAAAUGUGAUGUUACCUUUAGCGUUAUAC